UUAAAAUUGAAACUAUGAUCAUGGCACUAGGGAGUGGUGCCAUAUUCCUAACAUUGAUUUUGUGUUUGAUCUGUCACAAAAAGAUACAAGGUAAAAAUCAUAUGUAUAUAUCUCACUAAAAUGAUAAAAAAUAUUUCCAAUUAAUGUAUACUUUUAGACUUUAAAGUAUCAAGUUGUUUUUAAUUAACUACAUCAAAAAUAAAGCAAUGACACUUUUGAAAAGUGUUGUCUGCAGUGCAACUGUUUAUCUUUUUAGAAGGGGAAAUAUCAUUUUAAAAACAAAAUAGCAAUCGUCACCCUUACAUUAAAAGUAAUUUAAAGGAAAUUUGAUCUGAAAUAUGAUAAAUAAUUACCCAAAAUGUGUUAUGAAUUGGGUCCUGGUCGGCUGAGAGCUAUACACCGAGACACUCAACAACAAACGCAGUUUUUUUCUUUUGAGUUAUAUCUCCCUAAAUGCUUCGCUAAGCAAAAAAGUAAUUAUCAGCUCCCUGGAUUGAUGGGACUCAUUUACCUUGGUUGGCAACUGACCUAUGACAAGGAAAAUUCUGAGUUCAAACACGGAUAUAGAGACUUGUAGAUGGACAUGAUUUACACAAUCAAAAUACCGCAUCUCCUGCAACGCUACUGGUGACACAUUUAACCAUUCACAUAUUAUGUCUACAUCGGUUAUCCAGAUGAGUGGACAGAGGUGAUUUACUGUCUAAGGAAAAUUUUUAUCCACAUUUUUGUGGAAUAUGGAUGCUGGAUAAAUCUAAUGUUUGUUACUAUGUUAAUUAAAGUCUUUUCCUUUAAAAGAUCGAAAAUAAAUAAUAUAAAAGUUAGUACAUAUUACAUAAGUUUUAAUACUGUUUACAAUAAACAAAUGUAAUGAAUAUUUUAUAUUGAUUUUCUUUUAAUCAGAGGGAAAGAACCUACUUGAUAAUUGUUUAAAGUGUACACAAGACAAGAGUUUAAACGGUGGAUAUGAUGAAAUCAAUGAUGGAUAUAUCGUAGCUAACCAUGGCGUGUACGAAGGGGAACAAAAUACUAGACAGGGUAUUAUAACAAUUGAUGCAACCAUAGAAAAUCAAGAUUACGCCUACGCUGAUGAAAUUUGUGUGUCAGUACAAAAUGUAGAAUCUGAAAACAUGCUAAAUGAAAGUAAUGUUGAAGAAAAUAUAAAUAUUGCUUCCAAUAAUGACACAAUGUCAUUAAAUGCACAUACCCUUGCCCUUGCCGAUCAUAGUAAAGUUAACAUAAAUUAUAAUGUACAAAGUACCAACGCAUCUGUUACAAUGACAAUGAGUAGAUUUGGAGUAAGUGAAGUAGCAUUACAUGAUGUGACAAAUAAUAGUGAAGUAUCAAUUUAGGGUACAUUAUUGAUAUUAAAAGAGAAGCUGCUAGUAAAGAAUAUAAAAAUAAAUGAAC